AUGGAGAAAAUGUGUGCAGAUGCGCUCCCUCUGACUAUGAAUUCCUCAGAAAAGCAAGAGAUUGUCUGCAUUUUUGGAACAGGGGAUUUUGGAAAAUCCCUGGGAUUUAAAAUGCUUCAGUGUGGUUAUUCUGUUGUUUUUGGGAGUCGAAACCCCCAGGUGUCCAGCCUUCUGCCCAGAGGAGCAGAAGUCUUGAGCUAUUCCGAUGCCGCAUCAAAGUCUGACGUCAUAAUCCUGGCCAUGCACAGAGAGCAUUAUGAGUGCCUCACAGAACUGGUUGACUCUCUCAAUGGAAAGAUAUUGGUAGAUGUCAGCAACAACCGUAAAAUCAAUCAGUAUCCAGAAUCGAAUGCUGAGUACCUUGCUCAGUUGGUGCCAGGAGCCCAUGUGGUCAAAGCAUUUAACACCAUCUCAGCCUGGGCCCUCCAGUCAGGAACACUGGAUGCAAGUCGGCAGGUGUUUGUCUGUGGAAAUGAUAGCAAAGCCAAGCACAGAGUGAUGGACAUUGCUCGUACUCUUGGACUCACUCCGUUGGAUCAAGGAUCUCUCGUGGCAGCGAAUGAAAUUGAGAACUACCCUCUGCAGCUGUUUCCAAUGUGGAGGCUCCCUUUCUACUUGGCCUCUGUGCUGUGUGUCUUCUUCUUUGUGUACUGUGCUAUACGGGAAGUGAUAUACCCCUAUGUGAAUGGGAAGACGGAUGCUACGUUCCGCCUGGUUAUUUCCAUCCCGAACCGUGUCUUUCCUAUAACAGCACUGAUCCUGCUUGCUUUGGUAUACCUUCCUGGUGUCCUUGCUGCCAUCCUGCAGCUCUACCGAGGUACAAAGUACCGCCGCUUCCCAAACUGGCUCGACCACUGGAUGCUUUGCAGAAAGCAGCUGGGCUUGGUAGCUCUGGGAUUUGCCUUCCUUCAUGUCAUCUACACACUUGUGAUUCCUAUCCGUUACUAUGUACGAUGGAGACUGAGAAACGGAACCAUUACACAGGCCCUGGCUAAUAAAGACAGCCCAUUUAGUACCUCUACCGCCUGGCUUAAUGAUUCCUACUUGGCGAUGGGAAUCCUGGGAUUUUUUCUCUUUCUCCUCUUGGGAAUCACUUCAUUGCCAUCAGUCAGCAACAUGGUCAACUGGAGAGAGUUCAGGUUUGUCCAGUCCAAACUGGGUUAUCUGACCCUGGUCUUGUGCACAGCCCACACUUUGGUGUAUGGUGGAAAGAGAUUCCUCAGCCCUUCGAUACUAAGGUGGAGCCUUCCUUCAGCCUAUGUCUUAGCCCUCAUCGUCCCUUGCACAGUGUUGGUGAUGAAGUUCAUCCUCAUAAUGCCGUGCAUAGACAAGACCCUCACACGUAUCCGGCAGGGCUGGGAAAGGAACUCACAGCACUCCAAAUCAGCACUGAAUGGAAAAUCAGAUAUUUAAAACAAAGUUGAAUUUGUGGAGAUUCCCGAACUAAGGUAGCAAAUGUUUAGAGACUAUAUGUAGUUAAGGAAGCAUUCUCUCUUGUCAUGGUCUCGGGUUUAUCAUCACAGGAGGAGACGUUGCCCGACUUUGACAGACUGAAAUAGGAAGAGAGCAACACCCAUUGCCUCAUCUUAGGUAGUGACUCACUGCAGGUCUCGCUCACUUCCUUUCCCAGGAACCCCAGGGCUACCAUCGUGAUUAGGUUUGUAGUUUCACACUAUGAAACUUCUGAAUUAUGGUCUUGCAUGAUGCAAUGUUUUUCAAAGUGCUGGAAGAGUGUUUGCAACUUCCUUCUCUAUUUCAAGGGAUGAGACAAGUGGAAAAAAAAAAAGGAACGCUGGUGGCCAUCCUGAAGGUGCUGCUUGGUGUGCCUAAAGAAGAGGCCCACAUGAAGUAAAAGGAACGAGGCUUUGUUUGUUUUUUGUAAAGAGUGGUGUUCAUAAGUGUUGUCAUACUGAUCUGGAGGUGUUUUUGGUUUGGGUGUAGUGCUGAGCAUCAAACCUAGGGCCUUAUGCAUACUAUGCAAAUGCUAUGUUACUGAGCUACACUCAAGCCCUGCCAUAGUGAAUAUGUAGUCAUAUGUACCCCUUGAUUUUGUUUUUAUCAAUAUGGAUACUUACUGUGGGGAAAGAUUUUAUAGCACAACAAAAAUAUCUCCACUGGUUUAAAGUAAUCAUUCCUUGUAUAUAUAGAAAUCUAUGUCAUUCUUCCUCUACAAGGAGUGGGUUGAGGAAGUCUGAGUAAGAGUGGAAAGAUCUAUUGGAUUUUUUCAGUGUGCAGUAAGCAAGGGAAGGAUUGAUAAUAGCCUUGUACAAAAAUGUCAAAUAAGCCAAAAUUGUAGCUAAUAAGCUAAGCAAAUACUAUAAAGAUUCCCUAUGCUCUUGAGUAUUAUUUCAGGAUUAUGGUAUGCAUUAUAUAUUCUAAAUACUGUUCAAUAUUAAGCACCUGUAUAUUCUAGUAUAAAGAUAAAGCUUCCAAAAUCUGUCUUUGUUAUAAUUUUGAGAGGUGAAGUCUUAAAGAAAUCAUCUGAAACUGUUGGUGAGACAAAAGCAUAGCUGAGAAAAUUGUGGAAUGCUGGGAAGAGCAGCAGCUGAUGGGCGGCAGCCAGCUCUGGCUUCCUGUGUGGAUAGUGCCUUUCCCAAGGUGACCUUUAGCAGGCUUAGCAUUCCUAGCUCUAGCCUGGAGCUAAAAGGAGAUUUUUGCACAAUCUUCCCACGUGUCACUGAAAUAACUAAAAGGCAUUGGGUUUGACAUUUUUCUGCCUAAUCUACAAAGGCUGUUUAUUUUUCGUUUUGUUGGCUUUUAUUAUCACAUAUCAUACAUGAUAUCAUACAUUGCUCACAAUCCAGAGUUUUUUAU